AGUCGUGCGCCGGCGAUGAUACAGAGAGCAGCGAUGGUGACGGACACGGAGCGAACAACGCGAGCGUCAGGAUAUGGCACCCCCUUGUGCCCCUCUGAUGGCGGCUGAGGACCCCCUGCACCCCCCCAUUCUAAACGCCCUUUUCUACCGCCCGGAGCCUGACGAGGACGACGAUGAUGAGCAAGGGUGGGACGGGGACACCCCCGAGACCCCCCCGGCGGAUGGAGACCCUCCCAACACUGGGGAACCCCCUAACAAUGAAGAACCCGGGAGCGAAGAGGUCCGCCCUCGCAGCACCAAGAGAGUACGGUUCAGCCUUCAGGUCCAGGUCUUCCUCCUCCAGCCCCCCCCAGACCCCGAUGCCCGCCGGGGGCCUUGGGAGACCAUGGCCCGCGACCGCCUGCGCUUUGCCCGCCGCUGUGCUCUGCUGCGCCCCAUCCUGGAGCCCAUCCUGCAGCCCUCGCACCGGGAGCGCAUUUGGGAACGGCUGCAAGGAGGGGAGAGCCUCCAGGACCCCCCCCCCCCAGGAGCCCACUGAUGGAUGACACCUCCCCGCCCCUCCCCUCCCCCCCCCAUGGGACCCCUCCUGCUGAUGAGGAACCCUCUGACUGAUGGGAAACCCCAGGGCUCUGCUUGUGGAAGGGGAGUACCCCAGUGAUGAGGGGCACUCUGCAUGUUUUGGGGGAGGGGGGGGUUGGUGAUAUGGGCCCUCCCUCCCACUGUAAUUUAUUGAUUUUUUUUAUUAUUAUUAUUAUUUAUUUUAUAUGUAUUUUAUUAAACCUGUAAAAUAAACUUUUUUGCUACUA